AGCUGCCACCUGGUCAGAGGAAAACGAAGCCGGCAGAAUGCAGUGGCUUAAAAUGAAGCUCCGCUUAAUAAACUUAUUUUUACUAUUAAUAAGCUCAACAUGUGCCCAGCUGGGAGGCGAUCCCAAUGGCUACCUCACCUACUGUCCCUGCAUGGGACGCUUUGGCAACCAGGCCGACCACUUCCUGGGAUCAUUAGCCUUUGCCAAGGCCUUGAACCGAACUCUGAUCCUGCCGCCAUGGGUGGAGUACCGCAGGGGCGAGCUUCGAUCCCGCCAAGUGCCAUUCAAUACCUACUUUGAUGUGGAGCCGCUGAAGGAGUACCACCGCGUCAUCACCAUGGCGGAUUUCAUGUGGCACCUGGCCGACGACCUGUGGCCGGAAUCGGAACGAGUUUCCUUCUGCUACAAGGAGCGGUACAGCCUUCAGCAGGAGAAGAACGAUCCUGAAAAGCCCAAUUGCCACGCCAAGGAUGGCAAUCCUUUCGGUCCCUUUUGGGACACCUUCCACAUAGACUUUGUGAGGUCCGAGUUCUAUGCGCCACUGCAUUUUGAUGUCCAUCACAGUAACGAGGCUGCCAAGUGGCAGGCCAAAUAUCCUGCGGAAUCCUGGCCUGUGCUCGCCUUCACCGGCGCCCCAGCUAGUUUUCCUGUCCAGCUGGAGAACUGCAAGCUACAGCGCUACAUGCAAUGGAGCCAAAGGUACAGGGACGCUUCUAAGGAUUUUAUCCGUGAGCAACUGCCGCGUGGUGCCUUUGUGGGCAUUCACCUGCGAAAUGGCAUCGAUUGGGUGAGAGCCUGUGAGCACGUCAAGGAUAGCCAGCAUCUGUUCGCCUCGCCGCAAUGUUUGGGAUACAAAAAUGAGCGGGGAGCUCUCUAUCCGGAACUUUGUAUGCCCUCCAAGGAGUCCAUUAUCCGCCAGCUGAAGAGGACCAUUAAGAACGUGCGCCAGACUCAGCCGGACAACGAAAUCAAAUCGGUUUUCGUGGCCUCAGACUCCAACCAUAUGAUUGGCGAACUUAGUUCGGCUCUCACUCGAAUGGGCAUUAGUGUGCACAAGCUACCGGAGGAUGAUCCAUAUCUGGAUUUGGCCAUUCUUGGACAGUCGAACCACUUUAUCGGCAACUGCAUCUCUUCUUACUCGGCUUUCGUGAAACGGGAACGAGACUCUCACGGUUUUCCGUCCUAUUUCUGGGGAUUUCCCAAGGAGAAGGACCGCAAGCAUUCCAAUGUGCACGAGGAACUGUAAUUUAUCAACAGGAAACUCUACUUAAAUACUCCAACAGGUCAUUUUUCGGUUUUCUUUUUCAAAGUCCAUUGAUAAAAGUUUCAAUUUACAAUUUGACUUAGCAAGUUAGUUAAGUUUCUUUUUAUAUCAUUUUAAUGAAAAAGAUAAUGUUAAUUCAUUUAACUUCAAAUCGAAAGUUGUAUUUUGCGAAAACCGUUAAAUGCCUUUGAAAUCACUACAACAUAUAUAUAAGAUAUUAAAGUAUUCCUCGCAUUUAUCGAGACAUGGUUCUACAAA